AUGAAGUCUCCUAUAAUCUUACAUCACAAAUGUAACUUAGCAAAGUUGAUUGUAAUUGAUGCUCAUUUGAGAACACUACAUGGUAGAAAUUCGCUCACAUUAAAUGUUGUCCAUAAAAAAUAUUGGAUUCUCCGAGCAAAAAGCUUGGCUAUUCACCUUGAGCUGGUUAGUUCACUAUCCAGUGCUGCGUUUUUAGCAGCCUUCAAACGUUUUACUUCUCGACGUGGGCAUUGUAAAGACAUCUGGAGUGAUUGUGGGACUAAUUUCAUAGGCGCGUCCAAAGAAUUAGACCUCGCGUUCAAAAACAGUAAAUCAACUGUCGUUGACGAAAUCGCUCAACUGUUAGCUAACGACAGCACAACAUGGCAUUUCAUCCCCCCUGGUGCCCCUCACUUUGGAGGAUUGUGGGAGGCUGGAGUUAAGUCCGUAAAAGGACAUCUGAAACGCGUCAUAGGCGAAUCCUGCUUAACAUUCGAAGAGUUUUGCACUCUGAUCACACAGGUAGAGGCUUGUGUCAACUCUCGGCCUCUUACGUUGAUUAGUUCUGCCGAUGAUGAACUCCCGUUGACUCCUGGUCAUUUUUUGAUAGGCGAUGCACCGGUUACUAUCCCUGAAGAAAGUUUCGUAGAUACUCGACCUGACUAUUUAAACCGAUGGAUAAAGGCGCAACGUAUGGUACAAAGUCUGUGGCGACGUUGGCAAUCUGAGUAUCUUACUAUGUUGCAACAUCGAUACAAAUGGUCCCAGAAUCACCCCGACAUAAAUAUUGGUACGGUUGUUUUAGUGAAAGAUGAUCGUUUACCUCCAGGUAAAUGGCUUUUGGGACGAAUUGUGGCGAAGCAUCCGGGAGCAGACGGUGUAACGCGUGUAGUCUCCUUAAAAUUUAAGGAUCGUGUAUUUAAGAGACCAGUUACUAAACUGUGCCCUCUGCCUCUAGCUGCUUCAGAGCCUUAA